CAUUUCAUUGCAGCUUGUCAACGCAUCUUUCUCACUCGCCACCGGAUGGGAGGAGUGGAGGAGGAUAGAUGUUAGAGUAGGCAGGGGGAGAAAGAGAGAGGGAGGCGAGAGGUGGAGGAACGGAUGGUUAAGAAAUGAGGGUGUAGCGUAAUCUAGGGGUUUAUUCGGUGUAGCGUAAUCUAGGGGUUUGUUUCUAGCAAUGGUUUUCACGGGGCUUUGCCGUUUAUUCUAAGCAGAGUGAAGAGAGAAUCAGUGACUGUGUCUGACGCGUAAGGCUGCCACCACACGCCUUUGGGCAUCACCGCCGAUAAAGGAUGAUAGGACUGAUUAUAUAGCGUAAAUUGAUAACUAAGUAUCCGCAGUGAAGGAAGACGAGGGGCAAACUAUGAUCCUAGGAUGAUUUCUGCUAAGAAAACUCCGGAGAAGAGUCGUUAUCCUGUUCACUAUUUGGUGUGGCACAACAAACACCGACAGCUGGAGAAAGAGCUGGCAACCAACGAGCAGAUCGAAUUAGAAUGUCUGGACCCUCGCGGUCGGACUCCUCUCCACCUGGCUGUCACUUUGGGCCACCUGGACUGUGCCAGGGUCCUGCUGCAGCACGGAGCUGAUGUUAGCAAGGAGAACCGCAAUGGGUGGACUGUUCUUCAGGAGGCAGUGAGUACCAGAAAUCCAGAGUUGGUACGUCUUGUGCUUCGUUACCGUGACUACCAGAGGACUGCCAAGAGACUGGCGGGCAUCCCCGUCCUGCUGGAGCGGCUUCGCCAAGCCCAAGACUUCUAUGUGGAGAUGAAAUGGGAGUUUACCAGCUGGGUGCCUCUGGUGUCUCGUAUCUGUCCCAGUGACACCUACAGAGUUUGGAAGAGUGGCCAGUGUCUCCGUGUUGACACAACCUUGAUGGGCUUUGAACAAAUGACGUGGCAGAGAGGAAACCGCAGCUUCAUUUUCAGGGGACAAGACUCCAGUGCAGAGGUGAUGGAGGUUGACCAUGACAGGCAGUUGGUGUUCUGUGAGACCCUGAGUGUCUCAUCUCUCACAGCGCUCUCACCAGGUCGCGGGAAUGGUGGCGCCUGCAGCAGCACUGCCUCUGGUCUGGGUGUUCUUGGUGCAAUACAUCCCAGUGACGAGCAGGUUGCAGCUAGGCUGUCGGCCCCAGUGGUGACCACUCAGCUGGACACCCGCAACAUCGCCUUUGAAAGAAAUAAGACGGGUAUCCUGGGCUGGAGGAGUGAGAGGACUGAGACGGUGAAUGGAUAUGAGGCCAAGGUGUAUGCAGCAUCCAAUGUGGAGCUGAUCACCAGGACUCGAACUGACCAUCUGUCAGACCAGAACAAGAACAAGACAAAAGGUGGCAAGACUCCACUGCAGAACUUCCUCGGGAUUGCUGAGCAACACAUGGGGCCUAACAACGGGGCUCUGGUGACCCAGAUGUCAAGUCCUGUGGUGACCAACCCCUCAGCGCUGACGGCUGAAGAAUACUUCAACCCCAGCUCAUCACCAACUCAGAGGGACAUUGGCCACCCGUGCCACCUCACCACCAAGACCCAGAGGUUUAAAGCCAAGUUGUGGUUGUGCGAAUCCCAUCCAUUGUCCCUGGCAGAGCAAGUGGUGCCUAUCAUCGAUCUCAUGGCGAUCUCGAACGCCUUGUUCGCUAAGCUGCGGGACUUCAUCACUCUGCGCCUGCCGCCUGGCUUCCCUAUCAAAAUUGAAAUCCCUCUCUACCACAUCCUGAACGCCAGGAUCACCUUCAGCAACCUGAAUGGCUGUGAAGAGGGUACAGGUGUCCGUGCUGACAACGAAGUGGGAGUGGAUGAAGACGCACCAAGGGACACCCGGAGAACAGACACCCCAUCUCCAGGCAGCGACUCCUCCAGCGUGUCCAGCUCCAGCUCCACCACUGCAGUGUCGUGUCGAGCUGGAGAGAUUCCCCCAUGUGUGUUUGAGCCCCCGCCUGGAUACACCAUGCUCGGAGGCAAACAAAGAGACAGUAUGAGGGAGGAGGAGGAGGACCUGCUGCAGUUUGCCAUACAGCAGAGUCUGCUGGAGGCUGGGUCUGAAUACGAUCAGGUGACCAUCUGGGAGGCACUGACCAACAGCAAGCCAGGAACGCACCCCCUACCCUGUGACCCAAGUCGUGUGGAGAGGACCCCGCAGCACAAGCCCCGCACCACAUCUAGCCUCAGCUCCACCCCCUCCAAAAAGCAGUCCAACACCUGCAGCUAUGAUGAGCAGCUACGCAUUGCCAUGGAGAUCUCAGCCCGAGAGCAGGAAGAGGCAGAGCUUCAGCGGCGGCGGGAGGAGGAGGAGCUACAGCGUAUCAUCCAGCUGUCACUUAUGGAGAAAUGAGAACUGAGUGGCCCAGCAGGGGCUGUGAGGGGAACGGUCUGGACCAAGGACACAUGGGAGAAAAGGGCAGUACAGGCUACCUUAAAACUUUAAGCACACUUUGUAAGUGGCUGGAAAUUAAGACUAAAAUCACCUUAGUGGUUUCAUUGAAUCUAAACACUCCUUUCUCUCCCAUCGCCUUAGCCAGACCUCUCCCGUGAAACCAUACGGUGAUGCAGCUGUCCGGCUUCAGACGGCCACAGAGGGACGCCAGUUUCCUCUGUCUGGUGCCACAUGGUACUUUUCUUGACCAGCGCCAGUUUACAACCAACAAUACAUCCAGUAAAACAAGUUUAGAAUGCCUCCUUGAAUGAGUGAUAUCUGUUUGCAGGUGUGUACUAUAUGUGUGUGUUUGUUUCAAAACCAGCUCUCUACACAGCCGACAAUAGAUGAUCCUCUGUCCUGAAAAUGCAGUGCGUUAUGCCAACUCUUUGCUCCAGCACUAACACACACACUCACUGAGUCCUUUUGUUGCUGAGUUGUGUGGUUUCCAGUCUUAUGUGUGAUUGUGUGCAAGGGAGCAGUGGCGAGUCAGGACCGGCGGUGCGGAGAAUACUGUAACUGUCUUCAUUAAAGGUUGGUCAAGUUGAGCUGAAUGUCAACAAACCAUCUGACUUAAUCAGUUUUUAAGGAAAACAGUUUAGAAAAAAGAAAAAAAAAACUGACCGGUACUUUUCUUUUUUGAUUUGCACAAAAUCCCGAUGUACUGUAUUUAGCUUGUAGGUGGAUCACAUAUAUGACUGUUAAUGGAUAUAGAUGAUGAGUUUGAGCACAAAGUAAAACUCAGGCCAGCUCUAGUUUCAGCCUGAUAUUAGACAUGCAGGAGCACAGAUGUAUGAGGAUACCAGAUGAACACUUUGUGCGCUAACUAUACUGUACAUGACUGUGAAUGAGUGUGUUUCAGGCCUGUGUGUAAUACAAACAAUAAAGGGACAGUGAGUGGAUUGUGGAAUAGAAACGUUACUGAACGAGAAAUUUCUGUAUAUUCAUAUUACAGUACAUGAGCAGAUGGUUUCUGUAUUUCUGUGUAGUCACAGUAAAGUCUGUGUGCAAUAUUUCAGCAUGGCCUGUGCCCGUCUGAGGUUCAUUUUGUUCAACUUGAGUCUAGCCUGAAGACCUGCAAUAUCAGAGGAUGCUCUCUGAGGGGAAAUGUACCCUGGAGGAAUCACUUUAGAGGCUAUUGACAGCAGUUUUUGGUUUUAUUGCACCCUAAUCACAAGUUAGCUCCUCAACACAGCAUGCUGAAAACAAAAGCAAGUGUAAAAUUGCCCCCAAAGCAUCAAAUGGGCACAUUCGCUUCUUGGAUUGGGAAAAUUGUUCAAGUGCUAUUUCUUGCAAUUGUAAGUAACUUAAUAUUGCAGGGCUCAAGGCUAGCCAAAUGCUGACAAACAUGUUUUGUUGCAAGGGAUGUGGAGGACAGGGACAGUUUUUUUUCUUUCUUUGAAAGAAACUUCCACACACCAAUAUCAGCACAAACUGAGGAGAACCACCUCUCUCUCCUCGGUAAUUCAUAGUUCAGCUUGCUUAGUUGAUGAGGAAAAAUAUUCAUUUUUUUA